AUGGAUUUCCAGAACCGCGCAGGCUCCAAAUUCGGUGGCGGCGGCGUCGCAUCGCAGUCGGCGACGAACGCCGACCGGCGCGAGCGGCUUCGCAAGCUCGCGCUGGAGACAAUCGAUCUCGACAAGGACCCGUACUUCUUCAAGAACCAUGUAGGCAGCUUCGAGUGCCGGCUGUGCCUGACGGUGCACCAGAACGACGGGUCGUACCUGGCGCACACGCAGGGCCGCAAGCACCAGACGAAUCUGGCGCGGCGUGCGGCCCGCGAGCAGCGUGAGGGCAAGAACCAGGACCCGUCGACGCUGCCCGGCGCCAUGGGCGUGCAGGUCAAGAAGCAGACGAUUAAGAUCGGACGGCCCGGCUACAAAAUCACGAAGAUUCGCGACCCCUUGACCCGCCAGCUUGGUCUGCUCUUCCAGCUACAGUACCAGGAGAUCACGCCCGGCGUGCAGCCGCGCGUGCGUUUCAUGUCGGCGUUCGAACAGAAAGUGGAGGAUCCGCCGGAUAAGAACUUCCAGUACCUCGUUGUUGCCGCGGAGCCGUAUCAGACGUGUGGGUUCAAGUUGCAGGCGAGGGAGAUCGACCGCCGGGAGGGCCGCUAUUGGACGUGGUUCGAUGAAGAUAGCAAGGAGUUCUGGAUUCAGAUUAUGUUCAAGACGGAGCGUGAAGAGAGAUUCAGUGGUGUGCCUGGGUUGGCACCCAUGGCGUCGAAUGCUUAG